AUGCAAUUAGCAUUUCUGGACUUUGAAGCCGCGUUCGACUCUCCUCACCGCGGCCGUUUUCUCAACGCGCUCCGCCAAGAUGGAGUACCAGAAAAGUUCGUUUGCUUGCUUGAUGGCAUGAAUCAGCGAACAACUGCUGCAGUUCGAACACCAGCCGGAUGUACAACACCGUUUGAGGUGGUAAUUGGAGUAAGACAAGGGACAGUGGCAGGACCCUUCCUGUUCAAUUUCGCAAUCGACGACAUUAUGCGAAGAACAGUGGAUCAGUGUCCUGCCGAUAUCAUUCUGGCACCGUCAGGACGCCCCUUGACCGAUCUCGAGUACGCUGCCGAUGUUGUUAUAGUCGCGGAAAGCAGUACGAAACUUUAA